AUGUCUUCUUACAAGGCUCCACGUCCCACCCCCGUCGACCACUUCCGCACCGCCACCUCCGAUCUGCAGGAGGAAACAGAGGAGAUCAUCCACUCGACCGGCCUGCGCAGCAGCGGGCCGCCGCUGCUGAGGAAGAACGAGCAUCUGCAUUUCCUGCUGCGCAAUCUCCGCCAGGGCUUCCCCGCGCGCUACGUGCACUACGACGCGAGCCAGCCGUGGCUCCUGUUCUGGACGCUCCAGGGGUUCAGCGUGCUGCAGGUCGGGAUGGACCCCGACACGAAACAGAGGGCGGUCGACACCAUCAUGGCGUGGCAGCACCCCGGGGGCGGGUUCGGCGGCGGUCCGGGGCAGGCGGCGCACCUGCUGCCCACCUACGCGUCCGUCUGCGCCCUCGCCAUCGUCGGUCGCCCCGGGCCCGGCGGCGGCUGGGAUCAGAUCGACCGCGAAAAGAUCUACAGCUGGUUCCUCUCCCUCAAGCAGCCAGACGGCUCCUUCCUCGUUAGCCACGACGGCGAGGUCGACACCAGAGGCAUAUACUGCCUGCUCGUCGUCGCCUGUCUCCUGAACGUCCUCACCCCGGAGCUCGUCGCCGGCACCGCCGCCUUCAUCGCGUCCUGCCAGACCUACGAGGGCGGCUUCGCGUCCGCCUCGCACCCGUACUUCCCCGCCGCGCCGCCCGCGCCGCCCGCGUCCGCGUCUGCGCCCGCGGCGUGCCUCCCGUCCCCGCGCCCGAACCUCGGCGAGGCGCACGGCGGCUACACGUCCUGCGCGCUCGCGGCGUGGGUCCUGCUGGAGCCCCUCCUGCCCGCGGCGCCGGCGGCGGAGCGCCCGCGCAUCGACGAGAAGCGCCUCCUGCGGUGGCUCGUGGGCAUGCAGGGCGGCGCGAUGGAGCUCGGCGGGUUCAGGGGGCGCACGAACAAGCUCGUGGACGGGUGCUAUUCGUGGUGGGUCGGCGGCGCGUUUGCGCUGCUCGAGGCGCUCGGCGUGUCGGGGUACGGGCACCCUGCCGGCGAGGCGCAGCAGCAGCAGCAGCAGCAGCAGCAGUCGCCGCACCAGGAUGCGGGCGACGAGGCGUGGGACGACGUCGACGAUUCCAUGUUCAACCGCAAGGCGCUGCAGGAGUACGUCCUGCUCGCGGGCCAACAUCCCGCCGGCGGACUCCGCGACAAGCCCCCAAAGAACUCGGACGCGUACCACACGCUGUACUGCCUCGCCGGGCUCUCCGCCGCGCAGCACCGCGUCUUCCCCUCCGCGGCCCGCAAAGCGGAGCUCCAUGACUCGUGGACGAGCACGAGCGCCGAAGGCGCCGGCACCCCCGAAGACGAGUUCCGCAGGGCCGUGUUUGCGGCGUGCCUCUGCUGGACGGAAGAGGAGGGGACGUCGAAGAUCGUCGGGCUCGCGUCCAACAAAGUCAACGCGACGCACCCGCUGUUCAAUAUGACCAUCACGCACACCGAGGCCGUCAUGGGCCACUUUUACAACCAGACGGUGCCGAAGCACGCGCCCAAGACGUGAACAAGGGCCGCGGGCGCGCGGAGGGUAUUCGGCGGGACAGGGUCGGGCGUCGUCGUAGUGUUGCUUGCUUGCUGCUAUCUUAUUUCUCGCCGUGUAGAAUCUCCGUGUGUGUAAAUCUGCCACCGAGGUCGUCAUGGAGCACGAUACAAUUCUCUGCCAUUCUGUACUCCAUGAAGGUACGCAAGUAGAUCCUCCGGGCACGCCAUAAUCCAAGCCAUCCAAGUGCCCACACAAGCCAGCCGCCGCCGCCGGUGGGCACCCCUCGCGAUCCUCUAUCUAAGUAGAGAGGGGGUAUAUAUUGAUAUAUAUAUAUACGCGUGCGCGGCCCUACGCGGGGGCCAUGAUCGCCUGCGUCUUGACGUUCGCCUCGGUCAGCGCGCGCUCAAACGCGCGCAGAUGCUCCUCGACGAGCUUCCUCCCGUCGACCCUCCUGACCGCCUUCACCGGCGUCCCCGGCACGCUCCCCGGCUCCCCCGCGUCCGCAAGGCCAGCCUCCCACCGCUCGAUGCGCACGCGGCUCCGCUCCGCGCUGUCCCACUCCGUGCGCCACCCGCCGAGCUUGUUCUUCAGCGCGCGGAUCUUGCGCCCCGCCUCGGUCGUCGCCGCGCCGUUCACCUGCGCGUGCUCCGAGAUGACGGCGAGCGAGGCGACGAGCGAGGCCGUCGCCGUGCGCAGGUGCGCGAGCUGCGGGAUCGUCUUGGCGGGCGUGGGCGGGCCGCUGAGAGGCGGUGGGGGCGGGAGCGGGCUGAAGGCGUCCUUGAGCAGC